AUGGCUCUGCAGGGGAUCUGGUGGUGGAGCUAUGAAGGCCAGAGUGCCAUUGCUAUGAAGGAGAUGAUGCACUCCAAAAAUGCUCUCUAUUGUGCUGGGAACGCAUUCCCAACGACAGUGCUACUGGCAGCAUUUGUGGCCAGCUUGUGCUCCUGCAGUUCCUGGUUCACAGUGGCCCAGCGACGCCGUCUCGUCAACCCUGCACAACCACUCUGCGAUGCUGUCGAUGAGGAUAGUCAGUCUUUGAGACGGGCUGCAAAAAGGCGGGGGAUCUCUUCUUCUGACUUGAGUUCUGCGUGCCGUCGACGAAGCUCCUGUGUUCAACCACCCAAAGGAGAUGCUGAGGAGAUCGAGAACGGAAACCAGAGUGAUAAUGACGAUGAUGAUGGUCUCACAGUUGCCCUUGGAAACGAAGUUCUGGCUUUCACAGCCUUUUUGGAUGAGCAGGAAGCACGCGAGGUUGCAAAGCAAGCUGCAGCUGCCGCAGCUGAACCACAGCACAAUUCACCAGCAAGCAAGAAGAGCGCAGAUCCCGAAAUUGCAGCCAACCAUGGAGAGCAAGCUGCAGCUUCCACAGUUGAGCCGCAGCACAAUUCACCAGCAAGCAAGAAGAGCGCAGAUCCCGAAAUUGCAGCCAACCAUGGAGAGCAAGCUGCAGCUUCCACAGUUGAGCCGCAGCACAAUUCACCAGCAAGCAAGAACAGCACAGAUCCCGAAAUUGCAGCCAACCAUGGAGAGCAAGCUGCAGCUUCCACAGUUGAGCCGCAGCACAAUUCACCAGCAAGCAAGAACAGCACAGAUCCCGAAAUUGCAGCCAAAAAUGCAGAGCAAGCCACAGCUGUCACAGCUGCCGCAGCUGAACCACAGCACAAUUCACCAGCAAGCAAGAAGAGCGCAGAUCCCGAAAUUGCAGCCAACCAUGGAGAGCAAGCUGCAGCUUCCACAGUUGAGCCGCAGCACAAUUCACCAGCAAGCAAGAACAGCACAGAUCCCGAAAUUGCAGCCAAAAAUGCAGAGCAAGCCACAGCUGUCACAGCUGCCGCAGCUGAACCACAGCACAAUUCACCAGCAAGCAAGAAGAGCGCAGAUCCCGAAAUUGCAGCCAACCAUGGAGAGCAAGCUGCAGCUUCCACAGUUGAGCCACAGCACAAUUUUCCAGCAAGCAAGAACAGCACAGAUCCCGAAAUUGCAGCCAACCAUGCAGACCAAGCUGCAGCUUCCACAGUUGAGCCACAGCUAUGGCAGAGAUUACAAGCAAGCAGGACCCCCAUAGACUUAGACCCUGAAGCAGCAGCAGGGCCCAAAGUUGAGCCACAGCACAGCUCACCAGCAAGCAAGGCCAACAUAGACACAAAUCAGGAAAGCGAUUGGCUGGAAGAGAUGCUAGACGCAGAGAUGGAAAAUUUCUCUCUGCAAGAGCUGAAAAUACAAAAAAAGGGUCAACCAAGAAUAGUUUCAGCAUUGGGGGCAAGACCAUUCCAAGGACCCACAAGCGGCUUUGCAGGACCAAACAAAGCCAUGCAGCCAGUUGCUCAGCAACAGACAGCACAAAUUGACGACACAGCAGACAAGCAUCAGCCUGAUGCAGCGCAGCAGCCAGAUUCUGAGCAAGAUGGACGAAGCAAAAAGAGGCCACUGGAGAUACUUUCUGAGCAGGUCCAACAAGAGGCGGCACAGCCUGACGACACAGCAGACAAGCAUCAGCCUGAUGAAGCACAGCAGCCAGAUUCUCACCAAGAUCGGAGAGGGGCAAAGAGGCGACCACAGAGAGUUUCUGAGUAUAACCCAAAGAGAAUGAGAGGCAAACAGAGGGAUCCUGCUCCGAUCUUGCCGCCUACAAAACCACUUGAACCACAGGACGAGGAGAAGGAGGAGAGGGAGGGGGAUGGAGAUCCCAAUCCUCAAGGUGGAAAGAGGAAAUUGAAUCGGGGGGGGAACAAACGCGGAGAUUCCAUCAGCAUUGCCAAGAAGCUGAGAGCAGUGAAGAAGUACGAGGAGCUGGUGGCAGAGAAGGGGGAGAAGGAGGGCAAGAGGGAAUUCUAUGCAUUGAAGAUCCCAGGACAGGGGUCAAAACGGGAAUUGCGGGAGCGGAGGCGCCGGCUCGGCUUGGACGGAAAUGCACCAGCAAUCAUUGUGUGCGACGAUGCAGACCAGCACAGAAAUCCUACCUACAGGAAUUUGAGGGAUUUGUGGUCUCGCGAGAACAAUGCCAUCAUUUUGGGUUCAGUCAAAGGCGACGAUGAAUUGCCCGAUGUGCCAGGCGAAAUUGAGCUGACUGAUCGUGCUGGACCAGCAAACCAAGAUGCAGAUCAAAAACCCGGCAGCUUGCAGCAAAAGCAGGAAAUUGCCAUGUCCGAGCAGGAGUCUGAUUUGAAGAUCAGAGUUGGGGAUGGGCAAUGGAAGCAGCUUUCUGUUCGGCAGUUUGAUGUCACAGAAACCCAGCCUGAUAGUUCAGAGGUACCAGAAUUUCUUCACAUGAAAGAGGAUGAAAUCGCUGAGGUUGGAUCGAAAGAUGAAAAUGCUGGAGAAUGUGAUCAAAUUGAUGAAGUGGAGGCUGCAUUCGCAGAGGGGGGGAAACACGCCUAUGCUCCUGCUUAUGAUCCUGUUGCGGAGGAUGAAGGAGAUUCAGGUGAAGAGGAACCAGAUGAUGCAUCGAUUCCGGAUUGGGUGCAGUGCAUCCAGGGUACCAGGUUCUUUACUUUGACCCAGGCAUUGGUAAUGCCUUCUGCUUUGCACCUGCGAACCUGUUCUUUUUCGGGCAUCAACGUUCCAAAAUACAUAAAGUACAUGGUGCUUGUUGAUGUUGAAUGA